UCAGCCUUGAGGUUCAUCAACUGCCAAAUGACGCCACUGUCCCCAAUUAAGGAGAAAAAGCAGAAGCCGGAGUCGUGAUGUCCCACAUGGUGAUCUGCGGAUCUGUUAGCCUGGCACGGGGACUCUGGGGGGGUACAGGAGCCUGGCUGGGGGUCCUCAUUUGCCUCAUUGCUCUCAUGUGCCAGUCAAUCCACAUCGGCAACCUGCAGGUGGAGCUCUCCCUAAUGAGAAAGAGUCAAGAGGAACCGAGGCCAGAGGUGAAGAAGCACCACAAUACAAAAGAAGAAGGCCUGGCAAUCUGUCUCAGACAGAAAAGAGACCUCACGGGAGCCAGAAGGCCAAGACAUCACGGAAACCGUUCAUAUGUUCACCUGGUGCCUGAUCAUUUCUUUACCAAUGACGCCCUGGAUGCCACUCUCGUCUCCUGGAAAGUGUCUAUGAAGGAAGGGCGAGCAUUUCAGGUUCAAGGUGUUAAUGUGACAGUGAGGAAUUCUGGGAUAUAUUCAGUAUACAGCCAGGUUCUGUACAACGAUUCCAGGUUCACGAUGGGACACUUGAUAACACGUAAGCUAGAAGGGCUCUCAGGAGGAGAGAAGGUGCUGCUACGCUGUGUGCAGAGCAUGCCGCCCAAUGAGAGCAUGGCGUAUAACACCUGUUACAGUGCCGGAGUUUUCCAACUGCAAAAAGGGGAUUCCAUUAGCCUCGUUAUACCUAGAUCAAAUGCCAAUCUGGAUGCCAGGGGUGAAGCCACGUUCCUUGGUCUUGUCAGGCUUUAAACAGUAUUAAGUGUCUGGCACUCCGACUGUCCUUCAGCUCUCAUCGCAGUGGUCGCUUCUUUGUGUACUGAUGCCAAAAGCCGAUCCAUUAGAACCCGGGCAGUAGCAAAAUCACAGAACUGUCCAACAAGAGAACUUAUAUCUAUUACGUGUACCAUUUUCGAUAGUAUUGCCUGCAGCUCCUAUUACAAAGGCAGUACCACAGCGAGAUCUGGAAUGGCAUGUUGCUUUGCAUCCGUAGCGGUACAGUCGAGAAACAGUCGAGAAACAGUCGAGAAGGAUGGAGAUGGACAGUGAAACUUCGGCACUAUGUUGGAAGAUGAAAGUAACAGCUCUGUCGAGACUAUACUUCUCUGGGACUUGGUUCAGACUACUCCGAUAUCUACAACCACAAAUCGUUAGUGCCUAAGCAAUCCAAUGGGAUAAGGAGGGUAGCAAAUGGCGCAAUAAUGUGCAAGGAACACAGCUGGCUGAUAAAGGUGUGGCAAGGAAAGGAUUUAAAGCACAUUAUAUGGAAUUUUAUGGAGGAGAUAUUUAUAGAAUGAAUCUAUUUUUGUUCCAGAUCACCAACUUGGCCAAAUCUUGAACCGAAUCUGAACUGAAUUUGCGCGUACGCACUAAAACGUAAGCAAAUGGAAAUAAAGAACUGUGCAUUGCAUCGUC